AGACUUUUUCUUCAAUGUUAUCCAACCAUCCCAAGAAUUUAAAUAUUAACAAUUUAUCUGAUAUAGAUAAAGAAAAGAUGAAAGAAGAUAUAAAUAAAGAGAAGUACAAAGAGCAACUGGUUGGAGAACAAUUUGAAAAGGAGAAAAAUUAUAUUCAAGUCUACAACAAAUUUUGGCCUUUUCGUGUUCUUAAAAUUACAAAUUUGAUUUUGUUGUUUAUUUUGGCUGUUGGAUCAUGGAUUUGUAUUUCUUACACUAUUGAUUGGUCAAAAUAUUGGACUACAGUUUUGUAUGAGGAACCUUAUCACAUGGAAGGGGGAUAUGCGUUCAGCCGAAUAAUUUUAUUUAUUUUCGCUUUUUGUUCUUUAAUAGCUCAUCAUUUUGUCAAGUACAAUACAUUUUUGGCUGGGGUAUUUUCAUUAAUGGAUAUUUGUUUCUAUGCAUUAACCAUUCCAAUUUUAAUUAUUGCAAGUAUAAUUUUCUCGAUAAAAUGUUUGGCUGAAUAUCGUUGGUUUGGCCCAAAACUUGCAAAUUUCAAUUAUACCUUUGAGGGUUAUGCUGAUCUAACUGAAAUAGAAUCUUAUUAUUUGAAUUCCUACAGCAACGAUUAUUUAUUGGAUAGAAUUGCUGAUCGAAAAAAACAAUUAUUUGUAAAUUUGUUACUCGAUCCAAUUUGUUUGGUUUUGGCCUCUUUUGCAAUUCUUGUCAACUUGUUACUAAUUUUUAAUCUUUAUAAAAAGAUGCGUAAAUCACAAUUUUGGGCAGCUGGCUUAAAUAAUUAUAAAACAAAAUUUCCAAAUUGUUCAUUGAUCGAAAAAAUAUAUUCUCAUCAUUAUCCUUUUGGAAUGUUAAAAACUUCACAAUGGUUAUUACAAACACUUCUUUUAUUUUCUGCAAUGUAUUUUCCAUACUUUGCAUCUAAUCGUGCAUCAAUUUAUCUUAUUCUACCAGCAAUUGUUAGUUUUAUUCACUGGCUUUUAUAUUAUUGUACUGUUCAUCUCGAAAGCCAAAAUAAUGCAAAACCAAUUCGUUUGUCAACCCUUUUCUUUGCUGAUAUAAUCAUUUCAUAUUCCUUCACUAUAUUAUUUUUUGCACAGUUUAUAUCAUCAGGAAGAUAUGGGGCAUAUUUGUUUCUUUUUGGAUUAAUUUUGUAUGGUGGUUAUUCUUUAAUUUUAACUUUUGUUUAUUUACGUAAUAAUGGAGAUGGAUCCUUUAAAUUCCCAAUUUCAAUAAAAAUAAAUGUUGAAAUUAUUCAAAAGUCGGAUAAAGAAUUAAAAGAAGAAAAAGACAAAAAUAAAGAAGAAAUAAAAAAAGCUGAAGAAAAUAAUUUGGAGAAACAAGAAAAUUAA